GUCAACAUCGUUGUUUUCCUGUCAUCCGUCAUCAAAUCAGCUGUGUAUCACACACAGAGAACAUGUAACAUAAUAAAUGUGCGUAUUAAAAUUAUUGGUGUGAAAAUGUCCACUGAGACAUCUGAUAAAAAAUCAACUCAAUGUUUAUGAUAAAUUCACGGUGGAAGAGACAUGGCGCGCCGGAGGAGCAGCGGCAUCACGAGCCUGGGGUUUAACCAGGAUCAAGGCUGCUUCACGUGCUGCCUAAAAACCGGCUUGCGCGUCUACAAUGUGGAACCACUUGUCGAGAAGGCGCACUACAGCAAAGAGGAGCUCGGCGAGGUGUCACUAUGCGAGAUGGUGUUCCGCACCAACUGGCUGCUGGUGGUGAAGGCGCGCCGCCCCUGCAGCCUGAUGCUCCUCGACGACCAGCAGCGCGCCUUCCGGGCUGAAGUGCAGUUCAAGUCGCCGAUCAGAGCACUUCGGGCAAGGAAGGAUAAGGUAGCAGUAGUCCUGUCGUCCAGCAUCCAAGUGCUCUCGCUUCCGUCGCUGUCCCGCGUGGCGCUGGUCCGCACGCGGCUGGGCGCGCGGCCGCUGUGCGCGCUCGCGAGCGAGCCCUCCGCGCCGCACCUGCUGGCCGCACCCGCGCAUCGCAAGGGAUCGUUGCAGCUACUUGACGUGACCCGCGCAGUGAAAGGCGCCCACUCGUCGUCCCCAGCGGUGAUGGGUUGCCACCAGACUGAGCUAGUCUGCCUCAGUCUAUCAGCUAACGGCGCCCGCCUGGCGACCGCGUCUGAACGAGGCACCAUCAUCCGCGUGUGGGACACGGCGACUAAACACAUGCUGCAUGAAUUGAGACGCGGAUCGGACUAUGCUGAUGUUUAUUGUAUAAAGUUCAACGGCUCUGGUUCGCUGGUGUGCUGCGUGUCGGACAAGGGCACGCUGCACGUGUGGGCGGCGCGCGGCAGCUGGGCGCACCUCGCCGCCGCGCACGCGCACCCCGACACGCGCGCGCUCUGCGCCUUCACCGACGACAACACGGCUGUUGUGAUAUGUGAAGACGGCACUUUCCACAAGUCCUGUAUCAUCUUACGCUAAAAUGUCUCCCAAGUUGUUCCCCAUAAUAAUGCAUGGGAAGAAUUCCUAUUCCAUCUAUUUAGAAGAAUUGGUUCUGGAAGCAAGAUAUUGUAACCGGGCUUUUAUUUCGUAAUACUUUAAUAAGGUUAUUUGAACGAGGCUUGUAUAUUAUACGUACAUUUACGUUGAAUGGAACGACUGACUCGCGCGAUGUCUAAGAAAAAUAAAAAAAUCAAUAAAAAUGUAAGCAAUAUAGCAAGUAGUAAGAGGCAAUGGAAAUUUUACAUUUGGCCUGACAGGCAGGUCGUUAACAAGCCAUACAUACAAGCGACUAAUCUCGAAAUGAAUUGUUUAGAACAUUUCGAGAAAACGAUAGAUGUGUAGUGGCUUGUAGUUACUCAAAAAAUAAUAAAAACUAUUUUAUGGCAGGCUGUAAGCAAAAUUUCCUAAGCCUCUCGGUAAAGGACUAUUUGCCGGGAAUAUUUUUAAACAUGUCAAAGAGAACGGCUAUAUAUCAGGCUGUUAGGUAUACUGAGGUUUGUUCUAGAAUUUUCCCGCCAAAAAGUAAACGUUAGAUGAUGAAGUCUUGCGAUAUAUGUGAAGAACUUAAAUGUUUGUGAUGUGUUCUUAUUAUUGUAAUGCAAUUAAAAUGUUGUUAAUCAAUAGCCAUAGUUAUAAUAGUUACAUACCCAAGCAAUAAUCUUUGUUUUACAUUAGGUACAUUCGAAGUUAGGUGAUGUACACAGGGUUUCUUGACUAUAUCUGUUUUAUCUACCGUGGAAUACAUUUCCACAUACUGGUCUGAUGAUUUGUGUUCACAAUUUUCUAGGAGAGUCUGUUAUUAGCUGAAUUUGUAAUAAUUGUUUAUUUGCAUCAUAUUUUAUAUACCUAUCAUUAAUCGUUGUUAUAUAAAAUCAUUUUUUAUCAUAACUUUAUUUACUCAGUUCAUACUUUCUGUUUCAUUGUUAUAGCUCAAUUUUAAAUUGUACCUUUUGCAUUUGCUCAUAAUAUUAGUGGAGUGGUCAGAUAAAUUUGUUUUACUUAUCUUAACAUAUAGCCAUUUAAAAUUGUCAUCUUUAUUUAUAUUUUUAAAUAGUUAUAUUUGAACUGAGAGAAUAUUAUAAGAGUUGAAAUAUUAAAGCUUGUAUUUAGUACAUGAUAUAUGCAAGCCCUUGUGUAAAAUUAUAAUGUAAAGAUAUGAUAUGUAUAAUUAUGUAAAUAUUUUUAAAUAAAUAGUCACACACUAGUUUUUGUACUUGACAUUAGCAGAAUAAUAAUUAUAUGUACUUGUCUCCAGCUUAAAACUUAUUUAAUCUCUUUAGUAAUAAAUAUUUAGGGCGACAAAACAAGCACAUUAAUUGGACACUGUAAAUAUGGAGUUUCGGAUGAUUUAUUUUUUAUAAAAUUGUAAAAACGACAGGGACUCCACUGUUUUGUAUAAAAGCUUUAGGGUAUAGUUGUGUACCCAAAUAGGGUAAUUUGGAAUUUUAACAUUAAAAUUUUCUUUUAUAAA